UGCUCCAUUGCAAAGAUGUUGGAGCACGGUGAGGAUGCUGGAAGAUGCGGGGAUGCUGGAAGAUGCGGGGAUGUGGAGCAUGCAGAGAUACCCGCGUGCAGCGAUGCUCCGGCUUGCAAGGAUUCCUGCACACACCGCACUCCCUCACUGCAGUGCCUCGAAGCCGCUAUUUCCAGCCGCGUUCCACCACUGCCACCUACAGAGCGGGACCAGGAGGGCACCGGGCCGGGGACGGCUCUGAGUCAGCCUCGCUGGAGUGGGGGGGUCCCCAUAGCCCGGAGCUCUGAGCCCGUGCUGGGACUGGGAACGGGGUGUUGGGGUGGGAGCGAAGCUUUUGCAGGGUCAGCGCAGGGUCCCCAGAGCCGCUCACCAUCACACCGGGCGCUGCGGGACCGGCGGGGGCGGAGCGGAGCGGGGCGGAACCGGUCCGGCCCUACGGAAGGGGCGGCGGCGUUUCCUGCACGGGGUCCGUCGCACGCAGCGAUGCCCGCGGAGCCUUUGGUCUGCGCUGACACGGCCACGCGGGUGAGCUCGGUGCUGAAUCGCGACGUGAAGCAGUUCGGGAAGAAGCACAUGUUUGAUUCCAACGAGGAGACGUGCUGGAACUCGGAUCAGGGCUCGUGCCAGUGGGUCACCCUGGAUUUCCCCCGCACCGUCAGGGUCUCACAGCUCCACAUCCAGUUCCAAGGGGGGUUCUCCAGCCGGCUGUGCACGCUGGAAGGCUGCAGAACAGGUGAAGAACUGGUGAAGAUAUCCGACCUGUACCCCGAGGACAUCAAUGCCAUGCAGAGAUUCCAGGUGGAAGAGACGGCGUUGGAUACGUUGAAGAUCACCUUUGAGAACAGCACCGACUUCUUUGGCCGCAUCGUGGUGUACCACCUCCAGGUGCUGGGGGAGAAGCUGUAGGGCAGCAGUUGCUUACACAUCAUCAACUGUGCAUUCCCCUAUAGGGGAGCUGCUCAGGUGGGGGAAUGGGACAGCAGACCCCACCAGCAGUGAUGUGUCACCCCCAUCUGCAUCCCAAUGUGCUGAUGGAACAGGGACCUCCACCCCAUGGGAUGGCAGAGCAGGAGAGAUGCUCAAACAGAGCACUACGUGCUGGAACUGUAAGCCACCUUUGCUGUCUUUUGGUGGGAUGCAGCUUAUGCAGAUGGCUGAAUAAAUGCUGGUGUCUCACA